UGAUCCAUAUCCGGCCAACGUGCGUGAGAGAAAAGACAGAGAGUAGUCUUAUAAGAUUUCAAAAACAGAAAGAAGAUCAUGGGCAACUUUUGCGGCUUCCACAAUCUGGGGAUGUUCAUUUUGUUCAUCUUCUUCAGUACCCCUGCAAGGUCAGUAGCCACCCGAGAAAACCCAUUAUUCGAACUGUCCAGCCGAGAAGAGUUGGUGCAAAUAGCUGGAUAUGGAGAGGAGAGGCUCUCCACCGUGCUAGUCACCGGCUCCAUUCUCUGUGAGGCAUGCGUGCAUGGUGAUCCUCAUAUUCGUGUUUGGCCAAUAUCAGGUGCUAUGGUGGCCGUCAAUUGCCAUAAACACGGCCGGAAGUGCAGAUCGGGAUUGGCACAAGGUGUCACCGAUGAAUUUGGAGAUUUCAUUAUUGAUCUUCCUUCCCACCUUCAUUCAAUUCCCAACUUGGAAAAAACAUGUUCAAUUAAAGUACUUAGAAUACCAAAGAACUCGCCCUGCAGACCAACUUCUGUCAGGAAACAAAAGGGAAUAAUACUAUCAUCAGUUGGGAACAGCAUCCGUUCUUACAGUGCAGGAAGCAUUAGGUUCCUGCAUUUGACUUCUAGACCACUGCAAGCAUGCGUGAAGGGGGGUGGUCACAAAGAGAUGUUAUGGUAGACAUUUAGUUAGUAUGCAGGUAAGUAAAUAUGGAGCGCCAUGGCUCAUUCGGAUGAUGCUUCAGUCACAGCAUUGAACUAUGGCUUCCAAACCUCUCCAUCCAUAAGUUGUGAGAGAUGCAUUUGUAAAAAGGAGAAUGAUGGCAUACACAGUAUGUAUGUAAGUAAUGGUGUGUUCAAUAGUUAUAAAUACCUAAAUGAGAUUUCUUCC